AUAAUGCGAAUAGCGUGGAAAGUAUGUCCCAAAGAUUCAUCCUUCAUCUAUUUUCUUUACUCUCUUUCCUUCUUCACUACCAAUGCCAUCUUUCUCAUCCUUAAGAACAUUCAGGGUCUCUGUUUUUUCGCAUUUUCUUCUUUCUUAUCCCCCAAUUGCAACUGCAACCCUCCAUUAUCAAUCCCAUUCUCAACCUCACUAUCACCAUCAUCACCAUCAUGCUGUUGCCUCAUUCGAUCGCAUGCUCCUUAUGCGCCCUCCCCCACCCACCUUCCAUUUUAACUACAUUCUGAGUUCCCUUGUCAAUAACAAGCAUUACCCCACUGUCAUCUCCCUUUUUAAAAAAUUCGAAUCAAAUGGGGCUACACCUGACCUUUGUACUCUGAACAUCCUCAUGAACUGUUUCUGCCAUCUGACUCACAUCACUUUUGCUUUUUCUGUAUUGGCCAACAUUCUCAAGAGGGGUUAUCUUCCAAAUGCAAUUACCCUUAACACACUCAUCAAAGGCCUCUGUUUUCGUGGGGAGAUUAAAAAAGCACUGUAUUUUCACGAUCAGGUGGUAGCUCAAGGGUUCCAGUUGAACCAAGUCAGUUAUGGGACGUUGAUCAAUGGUUUGUGCAAAACAGGAGAGACAAAGGCUGUCGCAAGAUUACUGAGGAAGCUGGAAGGACACUCGGUUAAACCUGAUGUGGUAAUGUACAAUACAAUAAUUCAUAGCUUAUGCAAAAAUAAACUCCUAGGAGAUGCCUGUGAUUUGUACUCUGAAAUGAUUGUUAAGGGAAUUUCCCCGAAUGUUGUCACCUACAAUGCUCUCGUCUAUGGCUUUUGCAUCAUGGGUCAUUUGAAAGAAGCAUUUUCUUUGUUAAAUGAAAUGAAAUUGAAAAACAUCAACCCGGAUGUUUGUACCUUUAACACAUUGAUCGAUGCAUUAGGCAAGGAAGGUAAGAUGAAAGCAGCUAAAAUUGUGUUAGCUGUGAUGAUGAAAGCAUGUAUUAAGCCUGAUGUUGUUACUUAUAAUUCUCUAAUAGAUGGAUACUUCUUCCUUAAUAAAGUGAAAAAUGCAAAAUAUGUAUUCUACUCUAUGGCCCAAAGCGGAGUGACUCCUAAUGUUCGGACCUAUACGACCAUGAUUGAUGGGUUAUGUAAGGAAAAAAUGGUGGAUGAAGCUAUGAGUCUCUUUGAAGAAAUGAAAUACAAAAAUAUGAUUCCUGAUAUUGUAACUUAUACUUCUCUUAUUGAUGGUCUGUGCAAAAAUCAUCAUCUGGAGAGGGCAAUUGCAUUAUGCAAGAAAAUGAAAGAGCAGGGAAUUCAGCCAGAUGUAUACUCAUACACAAUACUUCUUGAUGCACUGUGCAAGGGUGGAAGACUUGAGAAUGCAAAGGAGUUUUUCCAGCGUCUUUUGGUUAAAGGCUAUCAUCUGAAUGUUCAGACAUAUAAUGUUAUGAUCAAUGGGCUUUGUAAAGCUGACCUGUUUGGUGAAGCGAUGGAUUUGAAGUCAAAGAUGGAAGGCAAAGGUUGCAUGCCCGAUGCUAUAACUUUUAAAACAAUUAUUUGUGCCCUAUUUGAAAAAGAUGAAAAUGAUAAGGCAGAGAAAAUCCUCCGAGAAAUGAUUGCUAGAGGCCUACAGGAAGUGGCAAGGAAGGUAAGAUUGAAAGAAGCUAAAAUUGUGUUAGCUGUGAUGACAAAAGCAUGUAUUAAGCCUGACGUUGUUACUUAUGGCACUCUAAUGGAUGGAUACUUCUUGGUUAAUGAAUUAAAACAUGCAAAGUAUGUAUUCUAUUCUAUGGCUCAAAUGGGAGUGACACCUAAUGUUCAGUGUUAUACCAUCAUGAUUGAUGGGUUAUGUAAGAAAAAAACGGUAGAUGAAGCUAUGAGUCUCUUUGAAGAAAUGAAACACAAAAAUAUGUUUCCUAAUAUUGUGACUUAUACUUCUCUUAUUGAUGCAUUAUGCAAAAAUCAUCAUCUAGAGAGGUCAAUUGCAUUGUUAAAGGAAAUGAAAGAGCAUGGAAUUCAGCCAGAUGUAUACUCAUACACAAUACUUCUUGAUGGGCUGUGCAAGAGUGGAAGACUUGAGGGUGCAAAAGAGAUUUUUCAGCGUCUUUUGGUUAAAGGCUAUCAUUUGAAUGUCCAGGAACAUUCAGCCUCUCUCUUUCCUUUUAGACUACCAAUGCCAUCUUUCUCAUUCUUGAGAACAUUCAGGGUCUCUCUUUUUCCGCCUUAUCCCCCAAUUGCAAUUCCAACUGCAACCCUCCAUUCUCAACCUCACUCUCACCAUCAUCACCAUCAUGCUGUUGCCUCAUUCAAUCUCAUGCUUCUUAUGCGCCCUCCCCCACCCACCUUCCUUUUUAACAACAUUCUGAGUUCCCUUGUCAAUAACAAGCAUUAUCCCACUGUCAUCUCCCUUUUUAAACAAUUCGAGCCAAAUGGGAUUACACCUGACCUUUGUACUCUGAGUAUCCUCAUCAAUUGUUUCUGCCAUCAGGCUCACAUCACUCUUGCUUUUUCUGUAUUCGCCAACAUCCUCAAGAGGGGUUUUCAUCCAAAUGCAAUUACCCUCAACACACUCAUCAAAGGCCUCUGUUUUCGUGGGGAGAUUAAAAAAGCACUUUACUUUCACGAUCAGGUGGUGGCUCAAGGGUUCCAGUUGGACCAAGUCAGUUAUGGGACGUUGAUCAAUGGUUUGUGCAAAACAGGAGAGACAAAGGCUGUCGCAAGAUUACUGAGGAAGCUGGAAGGACACUCGGUUAAACCUGAUGUGGUAAUGUACAAUACUAUAAUUAAUAGCUUAUGCAAAAAUAAACUCCUAGGAGAUGCCUGUGAUGUGUACUCUGAAAUGAUUGUUAAGGGAAUUUCCCCGGAUGUUGUCACCUACACUACUCUGAUCCAUGGCUUUUGCAUCAUGGGUCAUUUGAAAGAAGCAUUUUCCUUGUUGAAUGAAAUGAAAUUGAAAAACAUCAACCCCAAUGUUUGUACCUUUAACAUAUUGAUUGAUGCAUUAAGCAAGGAAGGUAAGAUGAAAGAAGCUAAAAUUGUGUUAGCUGUAAUGAUGAAAGCAUGUAUUAAGCCUGAUGUUUUUACUUAUAAUUCUCUAAUAGAUGGAUACUUCUUGGUUGAUGAAGUAAAACACGCAAAGUAUGUAUUCUAUUCUAUGGCUCAAAGGGGAGUGACCCCUGAUGUUCAGUGUUAUACUAACAUGAUUAAUGGGUUAUGUAAGACAAAAAUGGUGGAUGAAGCUAUGAGUCUCUUUGAAGAAAUGAAGCACAAAAAUAUGAUUCCUGAUAUUGUGACUUACAAUUCUCUUAUUGAUGGUCUGUGCAAAAAUCAUCAUCUGGAGAGGGCAAUUGCAUUAUGCAAGAGAAUGAAAGAGCAGGGAAUUCAGCCAGAUGUAUACUCAUACACAAUACUUCUUGAUGGGCUGUGCAAGAGUGGAAGACUUGAGGAUGCAAAAGAGAUUUUUCAGCGUCUUUUGGCUAAAGGCUAUCAUUUGAAUGUCCACGCAUAUACUGUUCUGAUCAACAGACUUUGUAAAGCGGGCUUUUUUGAUGAAGCGCUGGAUUUGAAGUCAAAAAUGGAAGACAAAGGUUGCAUGCCUGAUGCUGUAACUUUUGACAUAAUUAUUCGGGCCUUAUUUGAAAAAGAUGAAAAUGAUAAGGCAGAGAAAAUUCUCCGAGAAAUGAUUGCUAGAGGCUUAUUGAAAGAGUAAAACUAGGGAGUUUGGGAAAGGGUCUCAGGUGUAUAGAAUGCUAGAGGGGAGAGGGGGGGGGGGACUUUAUUUAUUUUCUUCCCUUUUAGUGAAAUGGUGCGUUUCAUGAGACUUCUAACCAGGGUACUUUAGUUUGUCCAUGUUAGGUGUAACAGUCUGGGUUCUAGGUUUAUUAAUUUGUUUCUGUUUAUUUCAGGGGAUGGUGGGAUUCUAAUGUGCCGCUAGGGCAAGACAAUUUUUGUUUUAGAUGCAGACUGUUUAACGAACAAAGAUCACAAGUUGUGUUUGUAUUUUGUACUUGUUAAUAAAUGUCAUUGCCAAGAGCUUAACAUUGA